AUGAGGCGUGAGGCGUCCUGUGAUGCUGCUGCUGUUGCCGUGGCUGCAGAGCUGCUCACAUCUGGAUUCCAUGUUUCCUCCUCAGGCUCCCAGCAGACCGAGCACCUCUCGUCCUAUCAGCUGACCGUCCCUCGACCAAUCGGUGGCCGGCUGAGGAGGGACGCUGACGGAAGGCCGCCCAAUCAGGUCUCGUACGUCAUCAGCCUGAAUGGAAACGAUCACGUCGUCCAUCUGGAGAGAAACGAGCUGCUGCUGCCGGCGGACUUCACCGUGUUCACCUACGGACCGGACGGCUCGCUGCUCACGUCCACGCCACCUGUACAGAGUCACUGUCAGUACCGAGGCUUCGUCCAGGACGUCGAGGGUUCAGCUGCUGCCAUGAGCAUCUGCAACGGACUCAGAGGAGUCAUACAUCUGGCCGACGACAGCUACGGGAUCGAGCCGUCAGACUCCGCCCCCGACCAGCACCUGGUGUACCGCCUACAGGAUGUGACAUCACAGCCCCGAGGGUGUGGAACGCCGCACGACCACAGCAACGCCACGGAGCGCGCUCAGAACGGACCGGAGGAGAUCCACCACAGACAGCACAGCAGGAUAAAGCGAGCUGUUCUCCACCAGACUCACUACGUGGAGCUGCUGCUGGUGGUCGACAACGACAGGUUCAACUACAUGAACCGGAACGAGACGGCGGUGAGGGACGAGAUGGUUCAUCUGGCCAACUUCGUGGACAGUGUAAGAGCACACACACACACACAACAGUUCAGAGUCGUAGGAGUCAGUGGGACCUCAGGACUGACUAACAUGGACUCUGUUUCCUCCCUCAGAGGAUCCAGGAACUUCAGCAGCUGCAGUGCUGACGAUUUUGAGAAGAUGAUCUUGUUAACUGGAGGAACGUGUCUCCUGAACGUCCCCCGACCUGAUGAGGCCUACAGCGCCCCCUACUGCGGGAACAGGCUGGUGGACGUCGGGGAGGAGUGUGACUGUGGAUCAGAGAAGGAGUGUGAGGAGGAUCCCUGCUGUGAGUUUCAGACCUGUAAACUGAAGCCUGGCGCUCAGUGUGCUUAUGGAGAGUGCUGCUACAAGUGCCAGUACCUGCCGGGAGGAAGCGUGUGUCGCUCCAGCACUGAUGAAUGUGACCUGCCAGAAUACUGCAACGGCUCCUCGUCCUUCUGUCAGAGCGACGUCUUCAUCCAGAACGGGCAGCCGUGCAGGAACCAGCAGGCCUACUGCUACAACGGGAAGUGUCAGCACUACGACGGACAGUGUCAGGCCAUAUUCGGAUCCAAGGCGAAAGCUGCUCCUGAAAUCUGUUUCAAAAACGUCAACAGCAAAGGAGAUCGCUUCGGCAACUGUGGCUACCACAACUACGGCUACAAGAAGUGUGAGAGCAGAAACGCUCUGUGCGGGAAGCUGCAGUGCUCCAACGUUCAGACGGUGACGGUGUUCGGCAUCGAGCCGUCGAUCAUCACCACGCCGAUCGGAGGCGACAAGUGUUUCGGAGUCGACUUCAUGCUGGGAUCAGACGUCCCCGACCCGGGAAUGGUUACCGAGGGAACCAAGUGUGGGGAGGACAAGGUUUGUAUGAACUUUGAGUGUCGCAGUGCUGAAGUCCUGAACUACGACUGUGACGUGGAGAAGAAAUGUCACGGACACGGGGUGUGUAACAGCAACAAGAACUGUCACUGUGACGGCGACUGGGCUCCGCCCUUCUGUGAGCUCAAAGGCUACGGAGGCAGCGUGGACAGCGGACCCACCUGGAACGAUAAGGACACGUCUCUGAGGGACGGGCUGCUCGUCUUCUUCUUCCUCGUCCUGCCGCUGCUCGCUCUGGCCGCCUUCGUCUUCCUGCGCAGGAACGAGCUGCUGCGACGCUUCGGGAUGAACCGACGGAAGAGAUCGCAGGGAUACCAGGCUGACGGAGCGGCUCCAGCCAAUCCCAGCAGAGGACCGCCUCCCAGAGCGCAGCCGCCAUCUGUUGCCCGGGGCAACGCCAACAACAUCGUCAGAGACGGGGUGGUGGAGACCAGCAGGUCGGCUCCCUCCUACUCUCUGAGGCCUCCUCCUCCUCCUCUAAAACCGAAACCUUCUGCUGCAUCACAGCCUCUGGUGCCUCAAAGACCCGCCCCCGCUCCACCUGUUUAACUUCACCUGGAUGACCCCCCUCCUCCCCUCUUCAAUCUCAGUCCCCGCCCACUUAGAGCUGGUUACCUAGCAACAGCCAGGAAAGGAUUUGUAAGCCAAAAUGGCUGCCGUCCGGCCCUAAGGUCUGUCGGAGUCGGACUACCAACUGGACCGGUACACUAGUAAACUGGCCCCAGUCAGACUGGACUGGGAAUUUACCAGAACCAACAGGAACACAGUGGGACUGAACUGAAGCAGCUACUGUUCUCUAUAGUCUUUUGUUCUUUCUUUCUUUCUUUCUUUCUGGAGCCCGAACUCAGCUCCAUCAGGUGACACACCUCCACCUCCGUAGCCAAACCAGCCAAUCAGAUUUCACGUCACCUUCCCCAUCAGCCAAAUACCAGCAACCAAGUGUAUUUAUAUAAGAGCUUUACAGGCAAACGUAAAAAAUCAAAACGUAACGAAACAACGUGAAAUCAAUUGGAAAAAAAGUACAAACAAGUUGAAUGAAGUGCACAAAAACUUGAUAGAAUAUUUUAAGCUGAUUGAGUAAAACAGUAGAAAAGACAAAAAAUGAAUAAAGAAAAACACAAAAGAAGCAAAAUGACAGACAGCAGAUUAAAAUACAAUUAAUUUAAUAGAAUAAACCAAAAAUAGUACAUGUUGAAUAAAAUGCACUCAAAUUUUAUAGAAUUGUAGCAAUUGGCUAAAACUGUGGAAAAAGAAAUUCAUCAUCAUCAUUCAGUCAUUCAUUAUCAAAAUCUUAUAUUCUAGCUGUAAAAAUCUGUUUUUUUUGUGUCGUUUAGUCUGCUAGGUAGCUAACAGACAUUUGUUAGUUUGUCUGUAGUUAGCUGGUUAGCUGUAGUAUUUCCAAAACGCUAAACUCCUGCUAGCGUCACAAAACGUCCACUGUGUGGAUAGCUAGCCGGCUCAUGAACUAGCAAGCUCAGAAAGUGUUGAGCAAAUGCUAAUUAACUGUCUCACCAAUCACUCAACAGUCAGAUUUAUUUAUCAUCAUGAUUUUCUACUCUGAAAAGAAGCUGUUAUAGUUCAGUUGCCAAUAUUUGCUGUAAUGUUGGUUAAUCACGACUGGCUAAUUAAUUUAGCUUUGAUAGCCUAACAACACUAGCAGGCUAACAAGGUUAUGAGCAAGAACUUGUUGGCAAUUAUGUCCUCAUAUGGCACACUACCACUGUAAAAUAUUCAUUUUCUAUUUACCUUUUUAGUUUAAGUCAGGUUUAAUAGCCAUCAAUGCUCGUAAACAUAGGCUAAUGCUAGUUAGCCUUGUCACUCGUUACAUUGUGAGACUUUGUAGUCACUGCCCAACAUUUAUCACUUUUUAUUUGCUAUCUAACAACACCAGCAGGCUAACAGGCUCAUGAGUAAAUGCUUCUUAGUGAUAGCAUUAAAACAGUCACUAUAUAUUUACUUUACCAGUAAUAUUUACACUAAUAUUUACCAAACACUAGCAACCCACAACCCAGAUUAUGUGUUCAGUAGCCAUAGUUAGCUUUGCCACAUGCUGUCAGUCACUACAAACAUGUAUUGUAUCGUCAUUUCAACAUAUUAAACACUUUUAAUUCGUCCAGUAAACUAAUGUUGAGCUUUGCUGGCUGAUGUGUGUUGCAACAAGUUUCACCCUUAAUGCUAACGCAAUACAGUUCUAGUGUAGUUAGCUAGCUAGCUUGCUGACACAUUUUUACUAACAAGGAGCAAAUGUAAGCAGAUCAUGGGUUACAUCUGGUAAUCUACAAAUAUGACCGUUUCAGCUGUCAGCCUCCAACAGAUUCAUUUGCUUUGAUGUUGAAUGUUGCGUUGCAGCCUGGCAAAUGUGAAACUAACAGAAAUAACUCUCAGAGAUUCACCAGGUAUGUGUUUCUACAGCAGGUAGCUAACGUCACACACAAACAGGCCAUAAAUCUCCCACAUGCUGUUUGCACUUGGAAAAACUAUUUGUUCACGAUGUUCUGGUUUGAGACCUUCAUUCAACGGUUUGGGACAAAGACGCCAUCUGAAACAGGAAGUGAUCUUAACCAGCGACCAUCAGCUUUACUGAAACAACGACUGACACUGACUUUGUCUGUUAAUGUUUCUAUCGCAUGAACUUGAGACCUCUGCAAUAAAACUUUCACUAAUAGGGCUAAACACACUACGAUAAGGCUGAAUGGCCCUUUGUUGACAUGGACACUACCGCAGGUCAGCUGCACUCUGAUUGGCUGGUUUGUGGACGGGGCGGGGCUUCCACCUGGGCACUUGUUUCUUUCUGUCUUUCUGUCUCUGAAUGAAGCACUGGUGCCGUCUGAUUGCACUUCCCAUCUGCUCAGCACUGUCAUAGGAAUGUAACGCACCCUCUGCUGCUGGGUGCGUUUGAUUUCUGCGCCCGGUCCGCCCGGCGCCGCUCUCCCUCUCUCUCUCCAGAACUGUUCAGUAUGCAACAGGGUGCGAAGCUGCUGGGCUGGU